GCAUUUUCACGUCUUGUUUUCUAUGGUAGCUGUCUUCGUUUGCAUGUUCGUUUGUGUGGAGCCGGCGAAUCUACAGUAGUACUCAAGUUGCGGUGUUUGUAUCGAAAAUCCGCCAUCCUGUAGAUCAGUUUUGAUAAAUGCAUGCAUAUUAGCUUUCGCACAUCGUAACGAUGGAUGAUUCUGUAUCUGACACGGGUCCUUUCGCGCACGUAAUCAGAAAGAUUGAAAAACUCAUCAGACGCUAUCUGGAGGGCGAGUUGGCCAUCGAACAUGUCGUACAGGGGAUAAGAUCGAUCGCAAUACAAGAAAUAGACAAUCGGCGGCAGGCUGUCGACUUGGCCUCGAAGAAGAUCCUCUCAGUCCUCCUGUGUAGGGGAUUGAACAAGGACACAGCCAAUCACCUGAUUGACCUCUCCAUCACCCUGGCAAGGGAACCCGACCUCUGCUCGGGCAGCCUGCCAGUGCUCCUUCUGUGUGACGUCUUCGAUAGCCUGCCCCUCAACGAGAGUGAGGAGUUUUUCAGCCUUGUUGAAGAUAAAGUCAGCAUCUGGAAAGAGGAUAUAUUCUUCAAGUGCUGCAAGAACCAGCUGCUGAGGACAUGCAAUGACUUGCUCCGAAGGCUGUCAAGAUCACAGAACACGGUGUUCUGUGGAAAGAUCCUUGUUUUUUUGGCAAAGCUGUUUCCUCUUUCGGAACGUUCUGGUUUGAACAUAGCCAGUGAGUUCAACGCUGAGAACAUCACAUUGUUCAGCUCAGAGGACUACAAAGGGCUUUCAGAUGAGAGUUCGUACCACGAGGAGUCUGAAGAAGGAUCUGCUAGCUCCGUGCCCGUUGACUACAACCUGUACCGCAAGUUCUGGUCACUACAGGAGUACUUCCGGCAGCCUCUCCUGUGCUACAGCAAAGUCCACUGGCGGCAGUUCACAUCGUACUCGGCAGAUGUGCUAUCAGUGUUUGGCAGCUUCAAGCUGGAUGACAUCAAGACAGCACAGUGGGCACUACCAGGCAGCUCAAGCAGUCCAUCCGGGAAGUCGGUGUACUUUGCCAAGUACUUGACCAGCCAGAAGCUGCUGGAGCUGGAGCUGAGCGACAGCAACUUCCGGCGCUACGUCCUGGUGCAGUUCCUCAUCCUCUUUCAGUACCUGCAGUCUACCGUGCGCUUCAAACUAGACUCGCACGUUUUAACAGAGGAACAGUCCGCCUGGGUGAAGAACACCCUGACACAGGUUUACAAGCUGCUUGAGGAGACGCCACCUGAUGGGGCUGGCUUUGCCACUCGCAUCAAGCACAUUCUUCAGAGAGAGGAGUCGUGGAAUGCGUGGAAAAACGAAGGCUGCCCAGACUUUAAGGAAGCCCGGCCCGUAGAACAAACGCGAGAAGUUAGGCCCAAGAGGAAACUUGGAGAUGAGGUGAAAGCAGCACUGGCCAGCAAGAGAGUUGUUCUUGGCGACACUGAGAUGAACCGGCUGUGGAACCUGUGCCCGGACAACUGGGAAGCAUGCUCAUCGCCUAAGCGGGACUUUGUUCCUAGCUUGGAAAAGUUCUUUGACAUGACAGCGGACCAAGGUGACCCUGUUGCUGGUGCCAAGAGCCGAGCCAAGAUCAUAUACCAGAGCAAUUCGGGGUGGCGGGCUUUACGCCUGCUGUCCCAGAAGUCACCACACUUCUUCACAAGCAGCAACCAGCCUAUCAAGAGCCUGCCUCUCUACCUAGAGUCUAUGGUGAUGCGCCUGGCCAAGGAGUUGCCCGUCAAUACACAGCGCGAACGAACCAACAGGGACAAAGAAGAAAGACGUAGCACGAGCGCUAAUUCAGCCCCGUCCCAGGCAGCUGAUGAGAAGACAGACAUGGCUGACUACGGAGACAGCGAGGAUGAGCUGCUCAAGAACCACGACGAAAGCAAGGAGGCAGCUCGGGACACAGCAUUAUCGGGCACCGGUGGGGGUGGUGACUGUGGUGGCAGCGAGCCAAAGGACGUGCUCGGCAAGGAUGAACUGGCAGUGCUGGCCGGGGCGCUGGGCGCCGACUGGAAAAAGCUGGCGCCAUUGCUGAGCUUCGGUGAAGACGAGAUCUUGUACAUCGCCUCUGAGCACGAGGGCGACGCGGUGAAGCAAGCCUACCAGGCGCUGCUCGUCUGGCUAGAGCAGGAACCUGAGCAGGCGACUCACGGCAACCUUCUGCAACUGGCCGCCAGGGCGGGGCUCAAGGGCAAGAUGACGUCGCUCUUGGCCACAGAAGCACAAUAAAAGAAAAAGACAAACUUGGCGGGUAGUUGCUUC